AUGGAGAAUGUGGAAGAUGAUGACGACGAAGACGAUGAUGGCGGCCCUUACGAAGACGAGAUGGAUGACGCCUGGGGUGACGAAGGUGGAGCAGCAUUCGGCUCUAAUUUGCGCAUCAUGGCAGAAUACCUGUCUGGUGCUCAGGGUCGCUUCCGGACUCUUCUCGCAUCUCUUCGCUCUCGUAAGGAUCCCACCGGUCAGCUCAUCGCACUGCAAGAGCUCUCAGAGGUACUGAGUCUGUCAAAUGAGGACACAUUGGCCGGAUAUUUCCCCACCGAGUCCUUCACCCGCGAGCUCCUCUACAUCAUGGGUGGCCCCAAACCACCAACGACUGGCGGUAAUGGCGACACUACCGGCGAUGAUGAUGACGAUGCUGCAGCCGCUGCCGAAGCCGCGGCGGCAGCCGAUCUUGUGGACAGAGGGGAGAUGACAUUGCUAGCAUGCCGCUGCCUGGCUAACCUCAUUGAAGCAAUGCCGUAUGCGGCACAUUCCGUCGUCUCAUACGGGGCUGUGCCACUCCUCCUCAGUAAAUUGACCGAGAUCGAAUUCAUCGACCUAGCUGAACAGACAUUGCAGACUCUCGAGAAGAUCUCAGUCGAUUACCCUGGAUCCAUCGUGCGAGAAGGUGGUCUGAUGGCUAUGCUACAAUAUCUCGACUUCUUCAACAUCCACAUCCAACGAUGCGCCAUGACAGCCGCUUCUCAUUGUUGCCGCAAGCUCUCGCCCGAUCAGUUCAGCAAGGCUCUGGAGGUUACGCCCAUCAUCCGCAACGUCUUAGGCUAUAGCGAUCAAAGACUAGUCGAAUCCGCAUGCAAAUGCAUCACCCGCAUGAUCGAAAGCUUCAAGCAUCAGUCCGAUCAACUGGAGCAAUUGCUAGACAGGGAACUUGUACAGGCUCUCAACGCUCUCCUCUUACAGGGAUCGCCGACAUCUACAGGCGCAGCUGCUGCUGGCACUGCCGUCGGGACGAGCACAUACACCGAGGUCCUCAAAUCACUUGGGGGCGCAGUCCGUAUCAGUCCAAAGAUUGCUGUCGUCCUCUUGGAGAUAAAUGUGGUCGACACAAUUUACCACCUGUUGACCGGCUCAGCUCCGCCAAAUGAAGACCACGAAGGCGGCGGUGGGCCAGCGGCAAAGGGUACAUCAGGUACUCUUGCUCCGGCUGCACAGAUCGAAGAUUCCAUCAUUGCUACCUCAGACGACAUGGCAGUUGCUGUCGUCAGCAGCGACAACGAAGGAGUAGCUGUGGCGGAUAUGGCUGUUCUUCAGAACCUGGCGCAUCGUCCCAAAGAGCAGAUCCAAGAGGCUCUCUCUCUGGUGAGCGAUCUGCUGCCUCCGCUUCCAAAGGAUGGCAUCUUCGACCCCCGCAACUAUUCAGAGAAAGCGUGGUACAAGAAGAGGAAGCAACAUCGGGCGACCAGGGAGAAGCCGAAAGGCAGGAUUUCCGAUUCUAGUCUACCUUCACCGACAGCACUGGGCACCCAACCCAGAAUCAAGGCGGAGACCGAAGACGUCGAGCUCACAGGAGCUGCAGGGAGUGGCGCGGAGGAAGUUGACGUCAGCACAACGUCCAUUAAACACGAGAAGCCCAAGACCGAGAAAGAGCUGCUGAAGGAGAGAGCUCAGAGUCGACGCGUGGAAAUGCUCCGCGAGAGACAAAGCAUCGUGAAGCGCUUCACACAACUGGUGCUGCCCACUUUGGUCGAGGUCUAUGCAGCUAGCGUAGCCCUUCACGUCAGAGCGAAAGCGCUGACUGGCAUGCUCAAGAUUGUGAGCUUCGUUGAGGCUGAGCCGCUGUGUCAAGUGUUGGACAAUGUCCCACUCGCCAGCUUCGUCGCUUCUAUACUCUCCUCUCGCGAUGAUCCUACGCUUGUCCUCAGCGCACUUCACAUGGUUGAAAUUCUCUGCGAGAAAUUGCCAGACGUCUACCAGAGCCUGCUGAGGAGGGAAGGUGUCAUGUGGGAGAUUGAAGACAUCGCCACGAAAGAGCCGACAACCUCCAAGUACUCGAACAAGGGUAUGCAGCAAAGCACCCUUGUGCUACCGGGCAAGUCGCCUGCGACUACUGAGAUCAAGAGGGAAGAUGCGUCCACUCCAGCACAAGCCCCAGCAGAAACGACUGGCGUGCAAUCUAGCGGCAGAAUCGGUCUCCUGGCGGCUAGUGCUGCAGCCGAGGUUCCCAACGAUGCUCUUGCUGCCCUCUUGGGAGCUUCCAAUGGUCUUGGGCUGCGCAGAGCUAACCCGGUAAGCCUCAGCAAGGCGGCAGCUCCCGUACCCACCGCUGCAGACGCCCAAGAUGCCAAUAUCUGGCGAGCUCGUAUCCUUCGCGACACCUUUGCUAGACAGACUGCAAAGGCUGAUGGUGGUGCUGACCAUGCCGUGAAGGCCCUUGACAACAUCAAGUCUCUGGUGAAGGCUCUCGAGGAAGCGGCUACGGAGAGUUCUGAAGCGGCAGAGAAGGUCUUGAACGAAGUCACGAACCUCUUCUCGAAGCCAGACGAGCCAAUAUCCAGCUUUGAGUUGCUCCGCUCUGGGCUCGUCGAUGGUCUGUACAGCUUUGCAUCUGGCAACAGCGACGCAUUGCCCAACUCUGUCCGCCGGGAAUUACUCGUAAAGGCACUCAUGACCCCAGAUGGAGCUGGCAACGCGCGAGGAAGUGCGAUGAUUCGUCGUCUACAAGAGUCCCUGAGUCGCUUGGAGAACGUCGAUAUUGUUAUGACGCUCAACAGCGGUGCAGAAGAAGCUUCUUCCCUGCGACGACUCGGUCAAGCCGGUGUCCACCGUCAGCUCCGCCUCCGCUUGCAAGCUGAAGAUCCUGCAGACGUGCCGAAGAGCUGCAACAAUCUCAUCGUCGGCAUUCAUGCCAUUGCAUCUUUCGACAGGCUUGCCGACUUUUUGCGGCCAAAGAUCGGCACGGCGGGUGGUCUGGGUGGCAUUGGUUCCGUCGCAGGUGGACUUGCUGGGUCCCGACUGUCUUCCGUCCUUGCAGCCCUCGGUGGGUCGUCUGCUGGACUCGAGAGCGCGCUCGCAAGCGAAAGAGCCCGUGCUGCCCUUCUCGCCGCGCCGACACCUGCGCCGCCCGCUUCUACAAACACCGAGGGCGCUUCAGGGUCUUCAGAUUCCAAGGACAAGGCACCCUCUCCUUCGAAGAAGUCGCAGCGUCGCAGUUCGCGCCUGAACAGUACUGCCGGAAGCAGCAAGCACGACGAGGAUGCUGCUGCUGCCGAGGAGACUGAGCAGACGACUGCAACGCAGGCGCAGGAUCAAGGCCCACAAGGAAAGGGCAAAGAAGUGGCAGCUGGGGAGCAGGACGAAAUGACUUCUGACGAGGCUGCGCGGAGAUUGUUGGAAGGUCUUUUGCCGGACGGGCUGGAUGACGAAUACUCAGACGAAGAAAUGGACGAUGGCAUUUACGAAGACGAGAUUGGUGCUGAUGGAGAGAUCGAGGUUGCGCCUCUUGAGGCGGAAGACAAAACCAUCAGUCUCUCUGUAGCAGAGGAUGGCGACAAGGUCGAGGUCAAUACUCCGGAUGGAACUAGAAUCUCAACGCCGGUCGGUGACGCGAGGAGCAGCAAUGCAUCUGCUGCCCGCCCUGCCUCGGAUGGAGCAGGGACACCCAAGACCGCAGCGACUACAGCUGCAGCAUCGACGUCGACAUCGGCUGCCUCACCCGCUCGACCUUCCUACUCUGCUGCUCUUCAGCGGAAGCCUUCAGACUGGCACAUUGAGUUUUCCAUGGAUGGACGCAAGCUCCCUCUCGACUCGACUGUCUAUGCGGCUGUGCAUGAACAUGCCACAGCUACGGCGGCAGCGACCACCUCAGCGGAUGCGCCUGCAGGGACAGCGGCCGCGCCACAUGGGAGUUCGACCGCCCAUCGCUACAUCUGGACCGACGUAUACACCAUUAAGUACAAGAAGGUGGUUGGACCGGUACCUCCCAUCAAUCUUCAGCAAACUCCCGAGCCUGAGUCAACUAUGACGGCAGAAGCGGAGUUGCCAUCAUCUAUUCCUCAAGGCUCGCCCUUCGCAAAGGUUCUACAGCUCCUUCGGGUGCUGCACGACUUGAACUCGGAAUGGCGAGAGACGCGAGGCGGACAGUCUCUCGACUUUGACAAGACUGCCGCUCUCUCCGAGACUGCAUUCGUCAACAACAAGCUGACGGCUAAGCUGAACCGACAGCUGGAGGAAGCCAUGAUCGUUGCGAGCAAGUGUCUGCCGGACUGGUCGCUGCAGUUGCCCCGGCGAUUCUCCUUCCUCUUCCCGUUCGAGGCCCGGUACGCCUUUUUGCAGUCGACUGCCUUUGGCUACAACCGUAUGCUGCAGCGAUGGCAGAAUCGUGCCUCGCGCUCGCAGGACAACGCAGGUGGGAACAGCAACAGCAGCUCAUCUCGACUUGAGGACUCGCUUUCGCACUUGGUGAGACUACCUCGAGCCAAGGUCAGAAUCGCAAGAGACAACAUCUUGCCAUCUGCGUUCCGAGUCAUGGAGCUGUACGGCAAGACGGACACCAUUCUUGAGGUAGAGUACUUUGGAGAAGUCGGAACUGGUCUGGGACCGACCCUCGAAUUCUACGCUCUGACCUCCAAGGAGUUCGCCCGAAGGGACCUAGGCAUGUGGCGAGACCAGAGCGCAGCAGACAGUAAGAGCACUCUCGUCUACGCACCUCACGGGCUCUUCCCGGCCCCCAUCUCUAACCAGGACAUCGGAACCUCCAAUGGCAAAGGGCGACUCACUGCCUUCAAGAUCCUGGGUCAGUUCGUGGCCAAGGCCGUUCUCGACUCCCGUAUCAUCGACUGCCACUUCUCGCCGGUGUUCAUGCGUGCUGUCCUCAAUCAGCGGGUACCGCUGACACUGGACAUGCUCAAGGUCAUUGACGCAGCCCUUGCCUCCUCGCUGGAGAAGAUGCUGAACAUGAGCGCAGACGAGGUAGCUGCUCUCUCCCUGGACUUUACUCUGCCCGGAGACUCUGCAUUCGAGCUGGAGUCCGGCGGCAAAGAGAAGGAACUCACCAAAGCCAAUCUCGACGACUAUGUCGCUGCUGUGGUCGACGUUUCCCUGCAGCGCGGCAUCGAGCCUCUGAUCCGUGCCUUCCGAGCAGGAUUCAACACCAUCUUCCCUGUUUCCGCCAUGACCUCCUUCACGGCAGAGGAGCUGGUGAUGCUCUUUGGCAACACCGACGAGGAUUGGAGCGAGUCGACGCUGCUCUCAGCCAUCAAGCCCGACCAUGGCUACUCAUCAGAGAGCUCCACCUUCCACGAUUUGCUCUCAAUUAUGAGCUCCUACACCCUCUCGGAGCGAAGAGAGUUCCUCCAGUGGCUGACUGGCUCGCCCAAGCUGCCCAUUGGCGGCUUCUCUGGCUUGCAGCCCCAGCUGACUGUAGUCAAGCGUCCUCAUGAGCCUCCUCUGAAGCCAGACGACUAUCUAGCUAGCAACAUGUCCUGUGCCAACUUCUUGAAGCUGCCAGAGUACAGCACUCGAGAGGUCAUGAGGAGUAGACUGCACAAGGCUGUCACGGAGGGAGCGGGAGCUUUCAAUCUGUCUUGA